AUGAAGAUUGCUGCUUCAUUGCCUUCUCUGUUUCUCCUUCUCUUUGCCUUCUCCACGCAAAUCCUAACCCUAGCUGUAACUUAUGUGAAGGACAUCGAUGGCAAUGCUCUCGUGCCCGGCAAGAAAUACCACAUUCUCGAUGCCUCAAACUAUAGCCGUGGAAUUCAAACUGAACUAGUCCGGCACCAAAACUGCCCAGUGUCGGUCAUCAUCGGGGCUGACGCUAAGAAAGUGAUUUUUCAGACAGAAAUUGAACAUCAACAAAGAAUCAAGGUAGGUGAAUUCUUGCACAUCGAAUUUUCUGAGGUUUCCACGUGCGCUAGAUCAGGCAACUGGACCGUUGAAAUUCAAGGCGAGAAAAGGUACCCUGUGUUGAUUGGUCCACCUGAGGGAGCUAAAACCAUGGACGGUAAAUUUCUCAUCAAGAAAUCUAAAGAUAUGGACCAUGCAUACAACAUCGCCUUUGCUCUUUACGAAGUUGACGAGUAUUCUCUCGCCGCCAUACCAUACGGAUCUGAUCGAUACAUCAUGCGCGUGGAGUUCUGCAAGGAAGCAUUCAAUGUUGUGUUCAGCCUUUACAAGGAACCCGUCCCGACUCCACACCCAAGCCCCCAGCCGCCGCCACUUGCGCCACCACCUCCACCACUUACGCCGCCGCCGCCAUCCACUACCCCAGCUCAGGCAACCACUUUUGUGCCUCUUAUCCGAAAGAUAGUCCGUUGA